AUGUCUGAUUCUAAUACCAAUACCAUAACAGACCCUGCACCACUAACUAGUGAGUCGGAGGCGAGUGUCCAUCAUGAUACCAUCACACAACAAUCACCACUACCACUACCACAUUCAGAGUCAACACCAACAACUACAGCACCUACUACAUCUACUACUACUACUACAGUAGCACCACCAACAGCAGCAAAGAAGAAGAUUGUUUUGAAGAGGGCAGCUCCAUCAGCAUCAUCAACAAUCUUGGGUGAGCCACCAAAGUACAAUGUAAGGACUCCCACCACCACCUCAUCAUCAACAACCGAUCACAAUGCUGUUAAUUCAGUAGGUACCCUGGACUUGCCAAAUGCCCAACACAGGAGGGCAAAGGUCAUCAAGGCAAGAUUCCUUACACAGUUUCAAGAAGAUGUGGACGGUCAAACGACAACAACAACAUCAACAUCAACAUUACCACCUAUCAAGAGGGUGAUUGAACUGCAACUUCACUUGGGCGAAGGUGUUCAUUAUCAACCUGGAGACUACAUUGCAGUUUAUCCUCACAAUCCAACGGUCAUUGUUGAUCGCCUCAUUGCCAAGUUGAAGAGGUCAGCUGAUGAACUACUAGAGAUAACCUGCACCAAUGCUACUCAGCAGCUGCCACCUCAUUUGAUUCGUGCAAAUGGCAAAUCACUGCGACACCUGCUCACACAUGAGCUGGACAUCUGUGGCGUCGUGUCUAAACGACUACUGAAGCUCCUGUCUGAGCUCGCUCAAGAUACACAGGAGAAGGAGACAUUGGCAAAGUGCUCGACAAUUGAGGGCAAGGACAUCUAUGCCAAACUACUGGAGGAUCGCGUCACAUUGGUUGAUCUCCUCGAGACCUACACCUCGUGCAAGGAAGUGCCGCUGCAUCUGCUCUUGGACGUUGUAUCAGCACUGAUGCCUCGUGACUAUUCAAUCUCCUCAUCGCCUCUUACAUGUCCAACAGAGGCAUCGAUUGUGUUUAGUGUGGUCGAUGUGCCUCUAACCAAAGGCCACACGAUGGGACUGUGCACUUCCUAUCUCGAAUCACUCUGCACUCAACAUAAGCUAUUGGACUCUAAAGCCGACGAUAUUGAAUCAUCACUUUCAAACCUAUCAAUCAAAGAUGAUAAAUCAAUCGAUGGUGCUUGGAUAUCAUAUCAACUCAAGGCCACACCUCACUUCCAUUUACCAACGGACCAUACAAAGCCAUUGAUUAUGAUUGGACCUGGCACUGGUGUUGCACCAUUCAUUGGAUUCCUCCAACAUCUACGUCAUCAACAACUAAAGGGAGUGCGAUCAUUGUACUUUGGAUGUCGUAGUGAGAUGCGUGACUAUCUCUUCAAGGAUACAUUGCAAUCAUUCAUCAAUGAUGGAAUACUUGAUCAUCUACACACUGCAUUCUCCCGAGAGAGUCAAACCAACGAGGCAUUAGGAUACAUUCAAGACAAGAUCAAAGACAAUGCCAAACAACUCUUUGAUAUGAUCCAGUUAAACAAGGGAUACGUCUAUAUUUGCGGUGACGCCAAGGGUAUGGCAGUUGGGGUAAGGAAGACGUUUGUGGAGAUCAUCCAGGAACAAAUGAACUUGAAUGAGAAUGACGCUGCAGAGGUCUGGGUCACAUGGUCCAAGGAGAAGAGAUACUUGUUGGACGUUUGGUCAUAA